AAAACAAAAGGAAACUAUUGGUUCAUGCUCCUUUCGACGAGUAACUUUUUUUUCUUUUUCUUUCUAUUUGUUUUUGGUUAGAUUCAGAUCAUCGUUGCCUUCAUCUUCUCAACAACCCUAUUCCUCCAUCUUCUUCUUUGAAAAAAUCACCAUUGUCUCAUCUUAAUUAUAGUUUUUUUCCCUUUCUUCUAUUAUUUAAUCUCAACCCCCUCUUUUCAUUUCGUUUCAGAACAAAACAAAAUUAAUCCCAUCUUGCUUAUGCACCCAAAUCUCUUUUACUUUUACUUCUCCUUCGUUAUCGAGCUCUCUCUGUUUAUAAUCCUUCUUUCUUGUUAGUAUUUCUGUAAUCGAUUCUAAUGCAGGUUUUUUGUGAAGAUAUGUACGUAAAAUUUGCUUUGCUUGUUUUUGAUUGACAUGCUGUGAGAAGGAUACGUGUACGGGGUUAUUGAGUUGAAAUUGAAAACAAAGAGAAAGGUGGAAAUCCAGGGAGGAAAAAGAGAAAGAGAGAUGGCGAAUCAGGUCGUCAAAGUGAAGAGAGAAGCGAUUGCAGCAUGCAUGACUUGCCCUCUUUGCAAUAAGCUUCUUAGAGAUGCCACCACCAUAUCUGAAUGUCUUCACACAUUUUGCAGAAAGUGCAUAUAUGAUAAGAUAGAAGAGGAAGAACUAGAAUGCUGUCCGAUAUGCCACAUCGAUUUGGGUUGUGUUCCUCUGGAGAAAUUAAGACCAGACCAUAAUUUGCAAGAUGUGAGGGCUAAAAUCUUCCCUUUUAAAAGAAGAAAAGUUAAGGCACCUGAGGUUGUGCCACCAGUUACAAUGCCAACUAGAAGAAAGGAGAGAUCACUCUCUUCAUUGGUUGUUAAUGCCCCCAAAGUGUUAUCACAAACGGCCAUGACUGGAAGGAGAACAAAAGCUUUUACCAGAAAGACUUCUGCUUUACGACAUUCCAGCUUUUCGAUUGAGAAGCCUGUUAAAAAAGAUGAAGACUCCAUGGAGGAUAACCAGGAGAGUGCAAGCUCACCUGAAACGCUAAAUAAAUUCACUCAGAAUAAAAGACAGUGUACUUCUUCUGCUGAACAUAUCCAACACAUGAAUAAAGAAGCAGAGAAUGGAGGUGAAGCAUGGGAUGGGAAAUUGGACCUCUGGAAACCUUUGAAUUGUUUGGUGGAGGUUGCUAAUAGGACCAAGUCCUUCAAGUCCAAUUCUCAAGGUUCUGAUUCUAAAUUAGAACCUACUCGUGUCCCCAACAUUGAAGCUCAAAUAUGCAAAAGCAAACAUAGAGAAGACAAAUGCAAAACAAAAGUCGAGAAUGAAAAGGCAAAUGCUGGUCCGGCUACUUCAGAAUCUGUUACACCUAAGAAGCUGCGCAGGAUCAGUCGAAAAAAGGCUUCUGGAUAUGGGGAUUCUGGCAUUUCUCCACAGGCAGUGCUAGAUGCUGCUGGUCCAAAGCAUGAAAGAAGAAUUGGUCCUGUUUGGUUCUCGUUAGUUGCCUCUGAAGACCAGGAAGGAGAUGCACCCCUCCCGCAAAUUUCUGCAAAUUACCUGAGGAUAAAGGAUGGAUAUAUGCCUGUUUCUUUUAUUAAAAAAUAUCUGAAGAAGAAACUGAACCUCACUGAUGAAGCUGAGGUUGAGAUCAAAUGUAUGGGACAACCUGUAGUUCCCACAUUGCAGUUGUAUAACUUGGUCGAUUUGUGGCUACAAACAGCAGCAACAUCACAGCGGGUACCGGCAACCAUUGGUUCAUCUGCAGAGGAAUUCGUCAUGGUGUUGGCAUAUUCACGAAAAGUUCUAGACGAGUAAUUUAUCUCAUUCUUUCCCCACCACAAUCAAUAAAUCUCUUUAUUUAUCUCCUUAUAUAUCGGAGUUUCAUUGUUGAUAAGAGUUAGGACA